UGUCAGGCAUGGCAGCAGCCGCAGGGGCGGCAGCUGCUGCUGUGGGGGGGAGAGCAGCAGGGCUAGGCGGGCCAGGAGGCAGCCCUGGCAGCAGAGCAGCAGCAGGGGUGGGGAGCCCAGGCAAUAGAGCAGCAGGGGCAGGCGGCCCAGGCAAUAGACCAGCAGGGCACUUCGGUCCGGGUGGCAGAGCAGCAGCAGGGGUGGGGAGCCCAGGGGCGAGCAACCAGCCUCCUCGUGAGGCGACUGAAGUGCCUGAGCUAACACUUGGUCAGUCAGGGGGACCUAGUGGGGCUAGUGAGACACCAGUCCCUGCUGCUUCAGGUGCAAGGCUGGGCGGAGGGGGUGUUGGAGAUCGGGAGGCAGGGGAAGGCUUGGCUGGCGGUGGAGGGGGGGUGGGAAGGGGGGGUGAGGCAGGGAGAGGGGAGGUAGGGCAUGGUGGGGAGGAGGCAAGAGAGGGGGGAGAUGGUGCAAGGCAGGAGGGCGAGGACGCUGCACACACGCAGAGGGGGCACAUGGGGAUACUGAGUAACUGGCUCAGACGGGCAUCGCGGUUUAGAGCGACAGGAGGGGAAGGGACGCACGGCAGACCCACAGGCGCAGCUGAAGCAGCAGGGACAGGGACAGGAGGAUCAGGCGCAGACGCAGGGGCAGGGGCAGGGGCAGGGGCAGGGCAGGGGGCAGGAGGAGGGGAAGUGGCGGCGGCACCAACAGCCAUGCUGACAGAUCCCUCUGUUGCGUCAGAAGCUGAUGCCAGGAGCCCUGGAGGGAAUACCACCAUGGCCCCUGCUACUCACUCACCUGCUAUAGACUCCCCUGCUAGCGGCUCACCCGUGAGAGGCUCAGCGUCAGCUGGACCCUCCUCCCCUCGCCCCCCUCGCUCACCAGCUUAUGCUGGCCCCCCAUCUUCCGCUCCCCCCCCUCCCUCCGCUGCCCUUCCUCCUUCUGCUGCUGCCUCUGGCGCGCUCACCCCAUUGAACAGCCCCUGCUGGUGGGUGGGGCGGCAACAGCUGUCGCUUCUGGAGGGGCUGCUGCCGUUCCCUCCCCCCCGGCUGGAACAAGGGGAUGUGCAAGCAGGUGUGCAAGGAGGCAUGCAAGGGCAUGGGGCUUUAUCUGGGGACGGUCCAGCGGGUGGGGAUGUGGGUGGAUGGAAUCAGCCAGGGAAGGACUGGUCAGGUGUGGAAUGGCCAGUAGUUGACUAUGAUGUGGCGAGGCAGGAGGUGUCGUUCCACCUGCCGCUGCACCGCAUGCUGGCGCUGAUGCUGCACUCGCUGCUACGCCUGCGCUUCCCCGUGGCUGAGUCGCAGGAGGACACGGAACAGAGUGUAGAAAAGGGCACACUGCAGGGCACACAGGACACACAGCUCGCGCAGAAAGGGCCAGCAGGAGAGGCACAAAGUGCGGCGCAGAAAGGGCCGCGAAGGGAGGGGGGAGAGCGGGGGUCACCAGAGGUGUGCUUGCUGCAUCUGCUGCCCAGCGAGCUGCAGAGGGGGAGUUUCCUCGCAGCUGUGGCUGAGCAUGGGCUCCGACUGCAAGUGCUGUGUGCUCAGAUAUCAGCGGGCAUGUGGCGGCGGAAUGGCCAGUCCAUGGUUGCUCUCUGCGACCUCUACCACUCUGUGCACUGGUGUGAGGACACCCUGGAGUUGGACCUCUUUCUCCUGCAGUGCACUGCUGUCUCUGCUCCGCCUGACGCCUUUGUGCGCCAGGUUGUAGCGCGCUACAGCCUCACAAGCUACUUCUCUCUCACCCUUGGCUCUGCCUCAGAGUACGAGCCAGCAGUGGCGCAGGACUGCCUGGCGUUCCUCAUCCGCCUCAUCUCAGAGCGCUCCUUCUCUGGCCUUCCCCCCACCGUGGCCCUGCGGAGAGAAAUAGUGCAGCGCCUAGCCAUCGGGAACGCCACCCGCAGCAGCGUCGUCAAAUCCCUGCCGCCCCGCUUCGCCGAAAACCCGGCCAUUCCCUCUGUUCUGGCUUCAGUGGCGGAUUACUCCCGGCCUUCUGGUAUGGAGCAGGGGCGGUACUUACUUAAAAGAGACUGUUACCGGGAGCUGGAUCUGUAUUGCUUAAGGUGGGCGCCCAGGGAGUUGCAGAGAGCAGAGGAGCGGUACUUAGAGGCGGUUAAGAGGUCAGCUGUUGUGGAGCAGACGCCCAGGUGGCGCGAUCCUGUCCGCCCGUUGCUGGGGCUGAGGGAGAUUGCCACGUCAGCAGGGGUGCAUGACGUGGUGCUGUCGGUGGUGCUGCAUGCGUGGUGGGACGAGGAGGGGAGGGAGAGGAGCGGGGGGGAAACCAGAGGCGGCGGCAGUGGCAGUGGUGGCAGUGGCGGCGGGAGUGGUAGUGAGAGUGGGGGGAAUGGGCUGUCUAGAGCGCCAGAUAAUGUUCUUCAUGCUGCCCUGCAUCUACUGGCGUUGGCUCUGGACACUUUUGUGGCGUGGCAGGAAGCGGUGGAGAAGGUAAAGGAGGAACAGAAGGGGCAGGAAGGCCGGGGGGUAGGAGCGGAGGAAGGGAAGCAGGAGGAGGGUGGGAGAGUGGGUGGGAGAGUGGGUGGGAGAGAGGGUGAAGAAGGAGGUGAGGGGGAGGGGAUGAUGGAUGUGGAUAGGGGUAUGAGGGGCAGAUGGGGUGAAGGCACAGAGGGGUCUGCUCUUGAGUCGAGUCAAAGGCAAACAGAGCGUUCUGCUAUGGAAGUGGAAGGGGCAGAUGCGCAUGGUGAUUCACCUGUUAAUACACAUGGUGAUAUUGGGCCACCAGCCGUGCAGAAACGACAAUCGUGGCCACCGGUGCUGCUAUCCCGAGCGUGCCAACCAUUUGAAGCACACUCAAGUGGCAUCAACAGCAGCACUGCUGCCACCUCAGGCCUAUUCUCCCUCCUGCCAGCAUCCGCGUUCUCCUCCUCUCCCCAGACCCCCCAUAUUCUCCCAGUGUCCCUGCUCUUUCUCCUGGUGCGCCUGCUGAAGGUGUGGCAAAGGCAGGCGGGAGUAGCAGGAGCAGCAGGAGCAGCAGGAGCAGGGAUAGGCUCCAGAGAUGGGCAUUGUGGUCUUCUUGGUGCUGCUGGUGGUGGUGGUGGUGUAGGGGUGGGACCAGGGCUCGAAGCUGAGCCUAGAGCAAGGGGAGCCGACGAGGGAUGGGGCUUAGGGGUUGGGGAGAUAUCAGGGGGAGCAGGAGGAGCGGGAGGAGGAGGAGGAGCAGGAAGGGGAGGUGGAGGUGAGGGGCGGUCGGAGCUGCACGUUCUGGUGCUGCGGCUGCUUAAGCAAUUCUCUCAGCUAAGCGACGAGUGCAGGAGGGCUCUGGAGCAGCUCUGCCCGGAGGAAUUCGAUAAGGGGAAGGGGAAGGCAGUGGGGGAGGGAGGAGCUUGGAGUGAAGCUGAUGCAAGGAAGGUGUUUGCUCGAGCGAGGCAGCAAGCUCUGCUGGCCAAAAUGCGGGCAGCACAGCAGAGAUUCGCAGCAAGCGUCAAACAGGACCCGGGAAAGGGGGCAGGCAAGAAUGAGGACGAAGAGGAGGAUGAGGAAGAGGAGGAAAGGGAGAAGGGACGGAUGGGGAGAGGGGGGGUCUUUUCUGGGAGGGAUGUGGAGAUGGGAGGGGUGGAGGAGGAGGGAGGGGAGAGGAAGUCAGGCAAGAGGCGGAAGGGGAAGGCAGUGGUCGUUGAGGAGGAGGAGAGGGAGUGCGUGUUGUGCAGGGAGGGAGACAAGGGCGGAACGUCUUCCCCACUGUGUCACAUCGUUUUCUGCCAGAAGUCUCGCCUCGUCGGCCUCUCCAGCCGACUCACUCCCACCUGGCAAGGGGGCGCCCGUCCCUCUGCCGCUACUGCUCUUGCUGCCUCCCCUGGCGCUACUGCUGCUGCUGGCGGUGCUGGUGCUGCAGCACCCACAGGGGCAGCAGCAAGAGCAGCAGGUGCAACUGGGGCAGGUGCAACUGGGGCAGGCGGAACGGCAGGUGCUGCUGGUGGGUGGCUGGCUGGUCUAGGACUCGGGGAAGGGGCAGGGACGAGGGGAGGGGGAGGGGCAACUGGUGGAGGUGCUGCUGGGGAAGGUGGGACUGGAGGGCGGCAGCAGGGUUUGGGGCAAGCAGUUAUCUUGCUGGGGGGAGCACGGGAAGGUGCAGGUGCAGGGGCAGGGGCAGGGGCAGGAGCGGGUAUAGGCGCAGGUGAAGGGACAGUAAGGACAGGAGCGACAGUCCCAGAAACAGGCACAGCACCAGCAACAGCAACAGGAACGAUAGCAACAGCAGGCACAGCAACAGCAGGCACAGCAACAGCAGCAGGAAGAGGAGCAGGAACAACAACGACUACAACAGGGACUUGGGUGCAAGCCACCGAGUUCCUAGACUGGAUCAGAGCCACUCUCAGGGAAGGGGGAGGGGGGCCUGUGACUGUACAGGGGGCGCGGGGCGAGUGGCAGGUGGACGGCGAGGAUCUGAUGGAUAUCCUGCAGCAGGAGCUACCGGGGGAGGGGGCUAGAGGUGAGGGGGCAGCAGGAGAGGGAGCAGAUGGUGGUGCGGGUGGGAAUGAUGGUGCUGCUUCAACCGCUUCUGAUUAUAACGAGGAUGGCAAUGGAAGUGGCAGUGCUGAGGAGGAGGAGGAGGAGGAGGAGGGGGGGGAGGAGGGGGAGGAGGAGGGGGAUGAAGAUGAGAUGAUGGAUGGACAGGGGUUGCUGCUUCUGGGAGAGAACGAGCUGGGAGACGCAGGGGAAGAGAUGUUGUCAGAUACUGAUGGUGAUAGCGCCGCGGAGGAUGAUGACGAUGAUCAUGAUGAUGAUGAUGGUGGUGGUGGUGGUGGAGAUGGGGAUGGGGAUGGGGAUGGUGAUGAGAUGAUGCUAGAUGCUGCUAGUCUAGGGGUGGGAGAGGAGGAGCGGGAGGAGCGGGAGGUGUGGGCGGAUGGGGAAGAGGACCCAAUGGGGGAGGGGGAGGAGGGGGCGAGGGAAGGGGACACUCCCAUGGGGAUGGAAGUUGAAGGUGCUUUCGCCACUACUGCUACUGCUAAUUCCGCUGCUACUGCUGCUACUGCUGCUGCUACUACUGCUGCUACUGUGGGAAAUGAUGCUGCUGUUGCUGCUACUGCUACUGCUGCUGCUGCUGCUGCUGCUGCUGCUGCUGCUGCUGCUGCUGCUGCUGCUGCUUCUCCUGCUGCGACAGGAGCUAUGGCUGCUGGUUUAGCUGCGGAUCAAACAGCAGCAGAAGAAGAAGCAGGAGCAGGAGCUGGAGCACGAUCAGGAUUAGCAGCAGAAUUAGCAGCAGCAGAAGCAGAAUUAGCAGAAGCAGAAGCAGAAUUAGCAGCAGCAGAAGCAGAAGCAGGAGCAGGAGCAGGAGCAGGGGCAGGAGCAGGAUUAGCAGCAGAAAUAGCAGCAGCAGAAGCAGAAGCAGAAGCAGCAGAAGCAGACUUAGCAGCAGCACAAGCAGAAUUAGCAGCAGCAGCAGCAGAAUUAGCAGCAUCAGCGGCAGGGGCAGAAUCAGCAGCAGCAGAAGCAGAAGCAGCAACAGCAGCAGAAGCAGAAGCAGAAGCAGCAGCAGCAGCAGCAGCAGCAGCAGCAGCAGUGGAGCGGGCGGGUGCAGGAGGCGUGGACGCUCAAGGCGUGGGUAGAAUGGGAGCAUUAGGAGCAAUUCAUGCAACAAGGCAGGCAGGAAUGGAGGUUGCUACAGGCGGUGGUACAGGCACUGCUACAGUCCUAGGCGCAGGAGCAGCAGGGGCAGCAGGGGCAGCAGGGGCAGCAGGGGCAGCAGGGGCAGCAGGGGCAGCAGGGGCAGCAGGGGCAGCAGGGCCCACUGCAACAGGAAGGGUGCGAGGGGGAGAUGGGGGAGAUGGGGGAGAAGGGGGGACACGAGCAGGCGAGGGGGGAGCCGCCAGGGGGAGGCUGGACACAGUGCAGGCAGUAGCAGGGGAGGUUUUUCGAGGCUUCUGGAUGAACAUUCCCCCCAUCAGGCGCACUGCCAGGCUGAGGAGGAGGGGCAUCUCGGGGAGGGCGGAACUGUUUGGGCAGGGCGGGGGGAGGGGGAGAGGGGGGGAGGAGAGGGAGGAUGGGAUGGUAGGGGGAGGGAUGGCGAGUGGGGUGUGUGUGAAGGGGUGUGGCCACGUGAUUCACCACUCGUGCAUGGACCAGUACUUUUCAAGUCUGUACCAGCGGUACCUCAGCGGUUCGUUCUAUGAGGGCUCGUCGGUGGUGGACCCUGAAGCGGGCGAGUUCCUCUGUCCUGUGUGUCGCCGUCUCGCCAACGCCACACUCCCUCUCCUCCCAUCGCGCUCCCCUCCUCUACCCGCCCCUCUGCUCCCUGCCGCUCCACCCUCCAUCCCUCUUGCCGCUGCUGGCGAGGCAGAACGAAGUGCUCUAGAAGGAGAGCAGGUUGCAGCAGCAGCAGAGGGGAGAACAAGGGACGCAGAGACGGCAGCAGGGCCAGCUGCAGCUGCAGCAGCAGCAGCAGCACCUGCAGCAGCAGCAGCAGCACCUGCAGCAGCAGCAGCAGCACCUGCAGCAGCAGCAGCAGCAGCAGCAGCAGCAGCAGGCGAGGUCGGAGGUCACCUGUCUGAAGGCGCGGCAAGCGGUCUGUCUGGUGUGCUGUGGAGAAUAAGAGAGGUGCAGAGCACCGUGAGAGAGCGCAACCUGCGAGCCUGCAUCGUCGCCGAACCUGCCACCAGGUCUGGGGAAGGCAGGCGUGGCACCGGAGCUGCUGUACCCGCGCAUCGAUACGCUGGAAACAGCUCGAGCAGCAUUGAGGCCAUGAUUGGGGGUGGGGCUUCUUUUCCUAGCGUAGCACGUAACAUGGUAACCACCCCUCAAGACAUGGUAACCAGACAGCCUCCAAGAAUGCAGGAGGCGAUUGAAGCCACAGCCAUGCGCAUCUGCCAGGUAGCGCGCUCCGAUUCGUCCAGAUUCCGCCACGUGGCGCUUGGCCGCGAGCUCCAGGGCUUGCUGAUAUGGCAGAGCCUGGAGUACACUGUUGCCUGCGCUGAGCUAGCAGGACGAGGGGCGCCACCUGGCUGUCCAGCUGGCAGGGUUGACACGUCAGCACAGUUCUGGGGGCUGGGGGAGACGGCAGCGGCUAGAAUGAGGACAGGUGGCACGAUGUGGUUGGCUAGUGCUGAGGCGAGGGUAGCAGCAUUGGCUGCUUGUGCGGAGGAGGAAGGGUGGAGGGGGGAGUGGAUGGAGGGAAGACAAGCGGAAAGAGGAGAGGGAGGGGAGAGGGGAGGAGCAAACAUGGGAGAUCAAGAGCCAGGUGGUUCAAGGAGUGGGUUUCAAGUGGGGAGUGAAAGUGGCAUGGAGCUAGAGGAUGCAAGCAGCGCUGGCCAAGGGAGGGGUGAGGAAGGAGGGGAGAGAAUGGCAGGAGAGACAGGCAGCGAGAGGGGGAGAGGGGGUGAGGGGAGGAGUAGUGCAAGGAUGGAGGAAGGGAGGAAUGGUGAGAGGAUUGAGGAGGAGAGGAGGAGGCAGGAGUGGUGGAGGAGGGUGCAGGAGAGGGUGCAGGGCGAGGGGAGGAGGGCGGAUGGCAUGGUGGGGGCGCUGGCACGGCUGGCUGUGGCACAGGCGUCUCACAGCACGCAUGCUGUCAUGCUCAGGACACGUGGCAUGCUGCUACUGGUGGACAGCUUGGUCCAUGGGAGGCCGGCUGACUCUGAACCCGCCCAAGGCGCAACCAUCCGUCCCUCUGCUUCCGCCCAGGGUCACCAAGACCAUCCCCACCCCUCCCACCAUCCCCACCCCUCCUCCUUUAACUCCACCUCCUCCUCUCCUCCCUCCUCUCUCCCCUCCUCCCUCUCCUCCCUCUCCGCCUCUCCCUCCCCCUCCUCUCCCCCUGAGGAGAACGCCUUUCUCCUCCUCCUCUCCUCCCCUACUUUCCUCCGCGACCCCUUCCUGUCUCUCUCGCGCCUCCUCUACUGCUUCCUGCCCCUCCCUCUGUCACCUCCAGCAGACAGCAGAGACGCACCUUCAGCUGACAGCAGAGGCACACCCUCAGCAGACAGCAGAGACGCACCUUCAGCUGACAGCAGAGACACACCUUCAGCUGACAGCAGAGACGCACCUUCAGCUGACAGCAGGGGCACACCCUCAACAGACAGCAGAGGCACACCCUCAACAGACAGCAGAGGCACACCCUCAGCCGAGACACACAGACACACAGGGGACAUUUCAGGUCUGUUAGUCGACACUAUGGUGCUCGCAUACACGGCAGCUGUGGCCCAGGCCUUGCUGCUUCUUGCCCCUGCUGCCAUCCGUCUUGGUUUGCUCCCCUCCCUCUCUCCCACCAGCCAGCUCUCCGCGGUCACUACCCCGCCUGCCCUGCCACCGUUCCUCUCCUCCCUGCUCAUCUCCAUGCUGCACGCACUAGGUGCUGCUGCUCAUGCUGCUCCCCCGCCUGCUCCCCCGACAUCACCAACACCCACUGCUGCUGCCACAGGUGCCGCUCAUACAGCCCUUGCAGCAGAUGCCGACGCAGCAGCAUCGCUACUGCCAGCCACGGCACCACCACCACCAGCAAUAGAAGCAGGAACGCCUUCUCACCCACCCUCCUCGUCGCAAAUUCCCUCCUCUCUCGCCUCCCCCGCCUCCCCUCUCCUGCCCGACCUGCUUCUCCAGCAGACCUCGUUCCUGGACGCCGUCCGCCGCCUCUCCCUGCCGUUCCUACGCCGCUCCGCCCUGCUCCUGCACCUGCUCUCGCGCAACGUGCUGCCGCUGCUGCUCAUGCCCUCCUCCCACCCGAAUCUCUUCCCCUCGCCCUCUCCCUCUUCCUCUGAACCAGCACCGACACCAGCACCGACACCAGCACCGACACCAGCACCGACACCAGCACCGACACCAGCACCGAAACCAGCACCGACACCAGCCCCAUCACCAGCCCAAGCACUAAAACUGACACCCUUUGGCAUUUCUUCCUCUCCCCAUCCACCCCCCCUUCCCAUCCCAUCCACCUCCACCACCCCUCCCCUCUCCUCAACUCCUCCCAACCAACCAGGACCUUCCACAUCGUCCCCUGCCCCACCACCACCACCACCACAACCAUCACCAUCACCAUCACCAUCACCAUCAUCAGCAGCAGCGGCAUCCACCUCUGCCCUGCGCCCCUGGGCGCUAGACACCGGGGCCUUGGCACAGCAGGAGCUGGCGGAAGCAGCAGUGUGGGAGAGGGAGUUCCAGCUGCCCGCGCUCUCUGCCCUUCUAUCCGACCCUGCUGCCGUGCACCUGUUGCUCUCCUGGUGCCGCCAUGCUGUUUCUGCUGCAGGGCCAGCUUCUUCUUCUGCUGCUGCUGCUGCUGCUGCUGCUGCUGCUGCUGCUGGAGUGGCACGGAUAUCUGCUGCAGCAGCACCAGCUUCAGCAGCAGCAGGGGGAGGAGCAGAAGGGGCAGUGGGACAAGAAGCAGCAGCAGCAGCAACAACAGCAGCAGCAGUGGUUGCUACCCUCUCCCCUCUGUCGCUAUACCAGCCAUCCCUCGCCUUCCCCUUCCGCCUGGUCUCCCUCCCCCACCGCUACCUCGACUUCUUCCAACGCUACGUGAACGAGCCGUGUGAAUCGUGCCAGCUGGUGCCAGAGCAGCCGGCCUUCUGCCUCCUCUGCGCCGCUCUGCUCUGUGGCUCCACCAGCCGUGUGCACGAGUCCAGGAGCGGCAGCGGCAAGAGGGGCUGCUGUGGGGGGAGCUAUGCUCAUGCCAAGGAGUGUGGGGCUGGCCUUGGGGUCUUCCUGCUCGUACGGCGCACCUCUGUAAUGCUACUACGCCGAAUGCGCUAUGCUGCGUGGCCGUCACCUUACCUUGAUGCCUAUGGUGAAGAGGAUGAGAAUCUUCGGCGGGGAAAGCCAUUAUAUCUCAGCAAUGACCGUUUCCAUGCUCUUCAAGCUAUGGUGGCAUGUAAUGGGGUGGAUCACAAUUCCCUCGUUCUCUCUCAUUCGACGAGAGUGCCCUUUUAGAUUAAAAACAAGGUUCGACGUUUCGCGUCGGAAGGGUUGCGUACCCGGAAAAACAAAUUCACGUGGAAAAUAUAUACGCCAUAUGGUCCCAAAUCUACAUACAUUUUCAUUGAGGUAUAUAUUUGUCUUUGUAUGCUUGGUUAUUCUAGUAUGAUUUUUUUA